AUGGCCGCGGAUCUCCGCCUGAGCAAGGGCGUCAUCAAUGCGAUCCUGGAGGGGCGCGUCAAGUCGGCGGACGCCAGUGAUCCGGCCUUUCAGCCGCCGCUGAUGCAGCUGCUCGGCGUGAGGCCAAUGCAGCAAGGACGCCUGCGGGCGGUCCUCUACGACGGCCUCACCAUCAACCAGCACUGCAUCCUCAUGCACGACGACGCGGAGCGCCUCUUUGCCGAGGGCCAUCUCGACAAGUUCACGGUGAUCCGCGUGCUGGACUUUACCGCCAACGCCAUGCCCGCGAAGAACAUGACCGUGCUGAUUAUCAACAAGAUGGACCUGGUCAGAGAUGGCAAAGAGAUCAAUGAUAAGCUCGAGGGCACUGACUGGGCCUAUCUGAGUCAACGAAGUGGCUGUGGUGCAGUGGCCGCCUUCUCUCCGAUGAAGAAGGAGGAGCCGGCCGAUUCCGCCUACGGCGGCUCUUCAGCGCUCGUCUCGCGCCCGCCGUUGAUCGUGACCAAGUCAGCGACCUCUACGACGGCCUCUUCCAGCCCUUCAACAAGCAAAGCCGGUGGCGGUGGGGCGGCAGCCCCAGGCGUCUUCCCCACCACCAACACGCUCCAGCACGAGCAGGUGGCCCCGAUCAACGUCAUCUCGCCCUUCUACACCAGCUGGGUGAUUCGCGUCCGCGUCACCAGCAAGACGCCCCUCAAAACGUACAACAACGCCCGCGGCGGCGGCCACGUCUUCAGCUUCGACACCGUCGACCAGAGCGGCGGCGAGCUGCGCAUCACCGCCUUCAACGCCGAGGCGGACAAGUGGUACGAGCUGAUUGAGCGCGGCCGCGUCUACCUCAUCUCGAAGGGCGCCGUCAAGCCGGCGAACAAGCGCUACAGCUCGCUGAAGGCCGAGUACGAGGUGACGCUGACCGGCCACAGCGUCAUCGAGCCGGUGGACGACCAGGCGACGGGCGGCAUCCCUCUCAUGCGCUACAACUUCAAGCCGCUCUCGGAGGUGGAGGGCAUGGCCGCCGGCACGAGCAUCGACGUCAUUGGCGUGGUGCGCGCCGUCGGCGAGUUGGAGUCCUUUGUGGCGCGCAAGACCGGCCGAGAGGUGACCAAGCGCGAGGUGACCAUCGUCGACCGCUCCCUCUACGAGGCGCGCGUCACCUUCUGGGGCGGCCUCGCGGAGAGCUUCACUGCCAACGUCGGCGAGGUGGUGGCCCUCAAGUCGGUCCUGGUGGGCGAGUUCAAGGGGAAGACGCUGGGCACCAUUGGCUCCACCGUGGUGGACGUGGAGCCGGCGGAGCUGGCCGAGGUGGGCGUCCUCCGCCACUGGUACCACGGGCCGGCGCGCGGCUCCGCCGAGGCCUUCAAGAGCCUGAGCAGCGUGGGCGGCACGCGCAAGCUGGACAACAGCCACCGCUUUGUGGGGCAGCUGACGGCGAAGCUGGUGCAGGAGAAUGCGGCGAACGUCGCCAAUAACCCGGCCACCUCCGCCGCCAUCUCCGCGAACCCCUACGCCAAUCCGAGCAUCUACAGCUCCGUCUACGGGACGAUCUCUGCGAUCAGCAAUCGGAAGGAGGGCACCAGCCACCUGUACAAGAGCUGCGCCAAUGAGGCCGUCCCCGGUGGCUGCCUGAAGAAGGUGACCGACGAGGCGGGCGACGGCACCUACUACUGCGCCAAGUGCGACCGCACCACGAACACCUUCAAGUGGCGAUUCAUGCUCAGCGUGGCGGUGGCGGACGCCACCGGCAGCGCCUGGAUCACCAUCUUCCAGGAGAACGCGGAGAAGCUGCUGGGCGUCACCGCCCAGCAGCUGGCCGACCUCUUUGAGACCUGCCCGGAGGAGUACGCCGCGAAGAUCAACCAGCUCCGCUUCACCGCCCUCCAGCUGCGACUGGGCUCGAAGAUGGAGGAGUACAAUGGGGAGACGCGCGUGCGCAGUUCGCUGUACGGGGUGGUGCCCAGUGACCCGGUGGAGCGCAGCCGCCGCCUCCUCGCCAUGAUUCCCAAGAUGCAGCAGCAGCUGGAGGUGAACUAG